UGUUUUUUCACAACUUGAUCUAUUGAUCAAGGAAACUUAAUGAGAAACAAAAAAAAACUAGGCCAACAAAAAAAAGUCGUUUCUCCCGCUCUUCCAUUCUUUUCUUUUUUUUCCCCACCAAACACAGAAAAACCAUUGCACCAAGCACACCAUUCAAUAUUAAGUAUCCCCUUCUGUCCCCCUUUUCUCUCGCUCUGUGAUUGCUUCUAUUUUUCUUGAUUUCAUUUCUCCAUAUUUUGUUGGGAAAGAUUAUUUUUUUUCUCACUUCCUUUGAGGAAACCUUUUUCCUCCGAUCCCUCUAUUUUCGUGUCAAAAUAGUGGGAUCGUGAGAUUUUCUUCUUUUUGAGAAGUUUUGAAACUAGUUUCGUAAUAUUUCUUUAGCCAGAAAAUUAUAUUCAUCAUCGUGUUUCAUACCAUAUUUGGUUAAGAAGGUAUGAGUGAUCACAUGGCUCUAUUUGUGGACCGCCUUGCAAUCCACUCGACAACAGGUUCCUUGUCCUCUUUAGAGGAGGGUGCUGAAAAAUUCUCGAAAACGGAUAUCAGUACUGCUUCUACGGGCCCAUCAUGUUCAAGGUCAAAUGAGGUGAGGGAUGAGGAAGACGAAGAAGGAGAACAAGAGGAUGAACCAUUAAUUCAAGAUGGGGAAUGUCGUAUUUGCCAGGAAGAGGAUUCCAUUCACAAUUUGGAAGCUCCGUGUGGUUGUAGCGGCAGCCUCAAGUAUGCUCAUAGAAAAUGUAUCCAAUAUUGGUGCAAUGAGAAAGGAGACACCACUUGUGAGAUAUGUCAUCAGGAUUAUCAACCGGGUUAUACAGUUCCACCUCGCCCUCCUCGCCUUGAAGAUACUAUCAUCGACAUUGGAGGAGGUUGGACAAUAUCAGGCACGCCUAUAGAUUUACAUGAUCCCCGUCUUCUUGCCAUUGCGGAAGCAGAACGUCAUUUUUUGGAAGCUGAAUAUGAUGAGUAUGCUGCUUCCAAUGCUAGUGGAGCUGCUUUCUGUCGUUCAGCGGCACUCAUCUUGAUGGCCCUUCUACUAUUACGACAUGCAUUGACAGUGACAGAAGCUGAUGAAGAUGAUGAUGUUUCCACCUUUUUCUCUGUUUUCCUACUACGUGCAGCUGGUUUUCUCUUGCCCUGUUACAUCAUGGCUUGGGCUAUCAGCAUUUUACAACGAAGGAGGCAAAGACAAGAAGCUGCAGCAUUAGCAGCAACACAAGUUGCAUUUGUGCUACAAUCCGGGCAACGUCAUGGUUUGCAAUUCACUAUAGCAUCUGGUCCACCAGUAACCACACACCAAGAACCCGUUUAAUUUGAACCAAACUAGAUGGAAUCAUCAAAAGAGGACUAGGCAAACAAUCAAGGAAAAUGAAGAAUUUUAGUGGCUAUGAAGCUUUUUAUUAAGGAGAGAAAGUGGAUGGGAUAAAUGAAGAUGAAAUGUUAAAUUCCUCGAGUACCUAGUUUUACUUUCUUAAAAUUAAGAGAGAGAACAGAAAGGGAAAAGUGAAAUGAAAAAUGAGAAGUGUGUUGUGCAAUGUGUGAGACUAUAUGAUGUUUUGGAUUAUCAAACAUUGUUAUGUGCUUUACAUCCUAUUGUAUGUGUAAAUAUGACAUCACAAGACCGAAAAGCUUCUAAAAUAUCAGAAGAGUCAUCAAUUUUAAAAUCAUUUGUACAUUAAUUAUUCACUAAACAAUUUAGUUGAUAAGUCUAAUUUGUUCUUGAUAGGCACAUGAUCUAUAGUAUUAUGAUCAUGCAGGAAGUGAUAAACUCUUUGGGUCUUCAUAACGGAAUUCGAAUAUUUCAAUUAAAUUGAAGUCUAAAGUGCCUAUAGAUUUUGUUGCACCUCUUUUGGAAACACACUGCAGGUUUUUGUAUCUCGCUUAAUUUGGCUGGACUGUCAUGGGAUGUGCCACUACCAUUAGAUCAAGACUUGUAUGGAACAAAGGGUAUUUAAUCCA